AUGCCGCGAGUAUACACGCGCGCCAUCGUCUCGACUUCGGACCAGGCGCAGAAGACGGAGAGCUCGCGCGCCGUCCUAAGGUCAUACUACUGCCUGUGUGGCGACUUUCUCCUCGUCAUCCAGGGCAAGCUGGACCGGCUCCCUCGCCGAAAAUCGGACGGCGCGUACAUUGUCCGCUCGCAGCCCGGGCGCAAGGGCCAGCCGGCGCGCAAGUUCAAGCUCAACGCCCAGCCGGGCACAUGUGCGAUUGUCAAGCGGAGAGGAGACGACAAGCACGAGGUGCGCCAGCCGUUCGUGUGCUCGCGGUGUCGGACAGCCGUCGCGUACCAGGCUGUUGCUGGACCCGCGGGCUCGGCGCCCUUCUUCUACAUCCUCCAGGGCGCGAUGACCGAGCAGCAGGGCAGAAUACCCCCCGACGCGUUCGAGGGCGAGGACCAGCUGCCCCCUGCCGACGACGACAAGUGAGCCCGAGGAAGGAAGUAGUGCCGAACCAUGCAUAUGUUGUAC